AUGGAGGCCGACUGGGAUGAGCUGUCGCGUAUCCCAAUGCCGCCGCCGAGUGCGCAUGGGAUGCCCACUGUGGCCACAGCAGUGGCCUUUGACGAUAUGAACGAACUUUUAUGGACGGGGAAUGAAUAUGUGAGGAGGGUCUCUUCAUUUUACGGACCGGAGCUGCAACGAUACACUUCAGUUCGAGCUCACCCAGUAUCUGAGGGUGCAGUACGACAGAUUAUUUUCCAUGAGCGAGGUGUGAUCUCGCUAUCUGCGAAGAGCGUGCACAUGGUCACCCGACGAGGCGUGACACAGUGGCAUCUUGCGCAUGAAGAUAUGGUCGAGCUUCGUUGCAUGAGCUUCACAGCCCAGACCAAUCGAAUUAUCGUCGCAGGGUGUCAACGGGUCAUGUUCACAGUGGACAUUGAUAAAGGCACAAUUAUCGAGAAACUACCCACUGAGCACGGCUACACAAUCAUGAGAAAGAGUCGAUAUCUUUGCGCUGCCACAGAUACGGGGUCAGUCAAUGCUCUCAGUCUCGUAGACUUCAGCGUCGUCAAAUCCUGGAAAGCGCACGGAACGGCAGUCAACGACAUGGAUGCGCGGAACGACCUGCUAGUCACCUGUGGUUUCUCGGUCCGCCACCUUGGGUCCCCUAUCGUAGACCCGCUUGCCAACGUCUAUGACCUCAAAACUUUGACACCAUUACCUCCGAUUCCAUUCCAUGCUGGCGCAGCAUACGUCCGCAUGCAUCCUAGACUCCACACCACCAGCUUCGUUGCUUCACAAACAGGGCAACUCCAGGUCAUUGAUCUUAUGAACCCUAACUCGGUGAACUUGCGACAAGCCAAUGUCUCGCUUAUGCUCGGAAUUGAGCUCUCACCUUCAGGUGAAGCCCUGGCUAUCAAUGAUGCUGAAUGCUUCAUCCAUCUAUGGGGCUCACCCACCAAGGUUCACUUCAAUGAAAUGAGCAAAGAGACAGAAUUUGCCGAUGUUCCCACACGCCCUCCUCCAGUAGAUUGGUCUUCGGACUCUCCACUGAAUUUGGUGGGGAUGCCCUAUUACCACGAACGUCUCCAUUCGGCGUGGCCAAGCCAAUUGGUCUUCGAGAUUGGCAGCCCCCGGCUCACCAUGUUGCCAUACCUACGUCCUGCGGAGAUGGGCCAUCAUGCUCCAAAUCCAAGAAAAACUCGCCGCAACCAAGUAGAGAAUACUCGUGCACUCACUUCAGCCGAGCCCGCUCUUAUUGCACCAAAAUUCUUGAGUGAGAAGGCUCGAGAACUCAGCAAAUCAGACGGGCUGGUUGGUGACGCAACCGAAGCCCUGGCAGGGGCAAAGAUCAAUGGGGAAAGCGACGAUGACCCAUUGCUCAAGUACAGCAACGUUGAGAUCAAGUACAGCCGAUUCGGUGUAGAUGACUUUGAUUUCCGCUUCUACAACAAUACCUCAUUCUCUGGCCUAGAAACACACAUCGCCAACUCAUUCACCAACUCCCUCCUUCAACUCCUCAAGUUCAUCCCACUCUUCCGCAACCUUGCCCUGAAUCACGCCGCGGGAUCAUGCAUUUUCGAGCACUGUCUUCUGUGUGAGCUCGGAUAUCUGUUUGAUAUGCUCGAAAAGGCAAACGGUCAAAAUUGCCAGGCCACCAACCUGCUCAGGACAUUUAGCAGCUUCCGAGAGGCCUCGAAUCUAGGCCUCUUGGAAGAAAAUCUCACCAACAAGUCUCUUUCGACUGCGAUCCAGGCGGUUAACCGCUUCUUCCUGACUCAAAUAGCUCAAGACUUCCGGAAGAUUCAGCCAAAUUCAGAAGAUCUUGACCAACGCCUGGCCACUAUUGCAUCCGAGUCAAUUCGGUGCAUGUUUUGUCAGAAUGAGAUCGUACGCCCUGGGAAUUCAUUGGCCAAUGAGCUGAUUUACCCGAAUAUUGACAUUAAAAAUGCACGACGCAACCCGUUAUUCCGAUUCUCCAGCAUUCUCCGUGCAAGUAUCGAGCGAGAGACACAAAAUCGUGGUUGGUGUAAUUAUUGCCGUCGCUACCAGCAAGUGACCAUUCGAAAGACCAUCCACCGCAUGCCUUUGAUUCUGGUGCUGAAUGCUGCUCUUACCAAUCCCCUCUGCCGUCGUCUCUGGAUGAUACCUGGGUGGCUUCCAGAUGCCGUUGGCAUUGUCGUUGAUUCUAACGGACAGGUGAUGUGCUUUGAGGGCGAUGAUCUUCAAUUACGCAUUCAUAACCAGACUCCUGGCCUCGUGGUUUAUGAUUUGGUCGGCUUAGUUGCCGAAAUUGACAUACAAGAACAUCAGAAGCCGCAUUUGGUGUCUUUCAUUAAUGUCGGCAUCUCGAAGGCUGAGUUUGGAGAGGCAAGCAAUUGGCACAUGUUCAAUGACUUCUUGGUCACGGAGGUCGACAGAGACGAAGCACUCCGAUUUACGCAACCUUGGAAGCAACCUUGUGUGCUUGCUUACCAAGUGAGAGACCCACGCCAUGUCAUCGACGACUCGUGGAAGAACCACGUUGAUAAGACUCUGUUAUUCCGAGAGUGGUCUAUCAACGGCGGGCGUCCGGUUGAGACUUGUAAGACACUGACUGAGGAGGAGAAUCCGCAGCCCGGGACCCCGGUUGCACUGGAUACCGAAUUCGUCGAUCUUGAGAAGGCCGAGAUUGAUGUCAAGGCGGAUGGAUCACAAGAGAUGGUCCGCCCUAAUAAGAGUGGCCUGGCUCGUGUGUCUGUUUUGCGCGGACAUGGCGUCCAAGAAGGAGUGCCAUUUAUUGAUGACUAUAUCACAAUUCGCGAGCCGGUUGUGGACUACGUCACUCAAUACUCCGGCAUCAAGCCCGGGGAUUUGGAUCCGCGAACGAGUGAACACAAUUUGGUCCCACUGAAGGCGGCCUACAAAAAGCUUUGGCUGCUUCUCAAUCUUGGCUGCGUGUUUGUCGGCCACGGCCUAGCCUCCGACUUCCGCAAGAUCAACAUCCAAGUGCCCAAGGCACAAACUGUGGACACACAGUAUCUCUUCUUCCACCCAAGCAAGAACCGUCGUCUGAGUCUCCGGUACCUAGCCUGGGCUGUAUUCAAAGAAUACAUCCAAGAAGAACCUCUCCCUGAAACUUUGCAGGGUCACGACUCCAUUGAGGAUGCUCGCAUGGCCCUGCGUCUUUGGAAGAAGUUCCAGGAAUACGAAGAUGCAGGCAUUGUCGCGCAGAUGCUGGAAGAAAUCUUCCGCGAAGGUUCGAAGCUUGGUUUCCGCCCGCCUCCCAAGAAUGGAGGCACUGCCACUGUCCUCUCCCGGCCCGGUACUGCAGUCACCAUGCAGAACGAUAGCGGCCGCAACACCCCUAGUACCCCGGAUCCCCGCUCCAUCAAUACCAUUGCUCCGACGUCAGGUCCCAACGCUGCGCCUCCCAGUGCCCCUGCCACACCUCGCCAGGCUUUCCGACGGUCCAUGGCCUUGACACCGAGUAACGGAACUUUCUCUGGUCCUGGUACCGGUGACUUUUUUGGAGGUAGUCCUUUAAGAUAG